UGGCGGCGGCGCGGCGAGGCGAGGAGCGGAGGGAAGGAAGGAUGCUGAAGAGCUGCGGGAGGAAGCUGCUCCUGUCCCUCGUGGGCUCCAUGUUCACCUGCCUGCUGGUGCUCAUGGUGGAGCCGCCGGGGAGGCCGGGGCUGGCCCGGGGGGAGGCCGGCGGGGCGCAGCGGGCGCUGCAGAGCCUGGGGGCGGCGGCGGCCGUGGCCCCCCCGGCGGCGCAGGGGCCGCCCGGGCUCCGCAGCUUCGCCGAUUACUUCGGGCGGCUGAGCCGAGCGCGGCGGGAGCUGCCCCCGGCCCCGCCGAGCCCCCCGCGGCCGCCGGCCGAGGACAUCUCCCCCCGCGAUGUCUUCAUCGCCGUCAAAACCACCAAGAAGUUUCACAAGGCGAGGCUAGAGCUGCUGCUCGACACCUGGAUCUCCCGCAACCGCGACAUGACCUUCAUCUUCACUGACGGGGAGGAUGAGGAGCUGAAGAAGCAAGCACGAAAUGUCAUCAACACCAACUGCUCAGCUGCCCACAGCCGCCAGGCCCUGUCCUGCAAGAUGGCCGUGGAGUACGACAAGUUCAUCGAGUCUGGCAGAAAGUGGUUCUGCCACGUGGACGAUGACAACUACGUGAACGUGCGGAUGCUGGUGAAGCUGCUCUCCAGCUACCCCCACACACAGGACAUCUACAUCGGGAAGCCCAGCCUGGACCGGCCCAUCCAGGCUACAGAGAGGAUCAGCGAGAACAAGAUGCAUCCUGUGCAUUUCUGGUUUGCCACGGGUGGAGCAGGGUUCUGUAUCAGCCGGGGGCUGGCACUGAAGAUGAGCCCUUGGGCCAGCGGGGGUCACUUCAUGAGCACUGCAGAGAAGAUCCGCCUGCCCGACGACUGCACCAUCGGCUACAUCAUCGAGUCCGUGCUGGGCGUGAAGCUCAUCCGCAGCAACCUCUUCCACUCCCACCUGGAGAACCUCCACCAGGUGCCCAAGUCGGAGAUCCACAAACAGGUGACACUGAGCUAUGGCAUGUUCGAGAACAAGCGCAACUCCAUCCACAUGAAGGGAGCCUUCUCUGUGGAGGAGGACCCAUCCAGGUUCCGCUCCGUGCACUGCCUGCUGUACCCCGACACGCCGUGGUGCCCCACCAACAUGGUUUACUAGGAGGGGCACGUGCCCUCCAGCCUCGUCCCGAGUCCCCCCGGUAUCCGACGGGCGUGCGGGACCUGCGUGCGGGUGUGUCGGUCCGGCCUCGCCGCCGGGCGGGCGGACGGACGGACGGACGUCGUUGCUGUGGUAUUGCACAGUGUGUGUGUACUGAAGGCUGCUGUGCGGCCCCCUGAGCCCUGCCCUGCCUGGGAUGGUGGAGAGGGACGGGAACUGAGCACUUAACCACUGGGCACCCCGUGGCUGGCGGCCCCACGCCAUGCGUGGGGAGCGGCCAAGCACGGGGCCCUGCCCCACCCCGGGCUUGCUUCUCCUUCUUUUUUUUUGUUUUUUUCUUUCAAAUGUUAAGUUUCUUUUGGUGUGUUCUUCCCUUCUUUGCAUCUGCCCCCCAGCCCGCUACCGUAACCCCUCACCCACCCCAUCCUGUCUUCCAGUCCCAAAAUCUCAGCAGCGAAGCUCUGGCUCCCAGUUUGGAUGGGGGUCCCUGGGAGUUCUGCUCCCUGGCUUGGCAGGCAGAGGUGGGCAGGGGAAGCCUGUGGCCAUGGCAAGGGCUCCUCCAGGGUCCUGCAAAGCUGCUGGGUGCUCAACAGCCUCACUGGAGGGAGACAGUGGGGACAGAGCUGGUGUUGGUGUUAACUCCAUCUCCCAGAGCUCCCCCCAUGCGGGUGAAGUGUUGCAGGCAGCAUUGGUGGGUGAAUCAUUUGUAGAUUGGUGUAAAGAUUUUCUAUGAAUAUGGGUGUGGGAGGAGGGCUUUUCCAGAGCUGCCAUGUUUGUCCAGGGUCUCCCUCCAGCUCAGGCAGCCCUGCAGCUCUGCAAAGGAACACCUCGAGUUUCCCAGGGGCUGUGUGGCUGUCCCCUGCGGGCAGAGCAUCCUCCAGCCUUGCCCUGGCUCUGGGUGCUGCCCAGGAGGCACCUGCCACGGGCAGGCAGCAUCUCCCAACCCUCCCACUGUGCUCUCCCUGAUGGAGAGGGGUUUAUCCAGGGAGGGAGAGGGACCCUGCAUCCUCCGAGAGCUGCCCUGCCUGCCAACACCAGCCCCUGGGCCAAGCCAGAGCUGAACAUUUCCAACUUGAAGCUGAGUGAAAAUAGCCCAUAAUGGGUGUGUUGUAAAUAUGUUAUUGAGCCAGUAUUUUUUUUACUGUGCCUUUUUUUUAAGAAAAAAAAAAAAAAAAAAAAAAAACACUUUGAGAAAUAUGUAGAUUUUAAAAUGCUUUUUAUACAUUUUCUGUGGAUCAGAAAAAGAAAAAUCCCCGACCUUUGAUAAUCUGUUUAAGAAAGAAAAAAAAAAAAUUACCAUGUCUUGUAACUAUCACUUACCUUAAUUUAUAUGUUCCAGUAUCUGGAAUGUCACUCUGUGCUUUUUGUAACUAGUUUGUGUUAAAGCAAUAGGUGUGGGAAGGGGAACCAGCAUGGACAGUGUGUUCUCAGGGACCUGAACCCGAUCGCUGCCACGGGGUUCCCGUGGGAGCGGUCACCAAUAAAGCGGCUUUUUUGCUGACCACAGUCA